CUUCUCUCGCCUCAGUGCAGAGGGAAAGAAGCAAAAGCGAAGCGGAGACGCCCGCCUUUCCCCCACUGUUCGUCUCUCCACGCUGCAGAGCGCCUUCUGGCUAGAAAGAGCGUUUGAGAGAGGGGGGUGACAGAACGACGAUCGGUUUUUUUUCACCCUUUCUCUGCCUACUGCUGCUCUUUUCUGCCGCGAUCAAACGCGCGAAAAUGACAAAGGCGCAUCUGCAAUCUCGCUGCUCCCUGCCGUGGAGAGACACCUGCCGCUCUCGGUAGCGGAAGCGGACUCUGGCGGGACACAGACGACCCGAGAAACCGAUAUUCCUCUCUAUAAGCUUCUAUUCUCUCUUCUUCUCUCGUCUCUGCCUCUUUAUUGUCUUCCAUGACUUUUCGUUUCUGCCCUUUUUUUCACAUCGUCCGUCUGAAGUGCGACGCGGGUCCGUGGUCCUCGCUCGCGUCUCGAGAAACGAUUCGUGUGGAGGGUGUGUCAAAAAACACAUCUUGGUAAACCAGGAUUUCUCUGCCGUCCUUUUGUGGAGCUUGUGAGAGAGAAGACUGACGACGAGGAAGGGUCAAGCCUCCUCUCUCUCCUCGGUUGAGUCAUGCCAGUCCCGACUUUUGUCCUCCGUGUUUGACGCUCUCUACAUCUUUACCGGUGUGUUUUCGUCUCUUCUCCCUCUCUUCGUUCUUCUCUCUCCUUUCUUCCUCCGUUGCUGUUUCGCGUCCUUCUCUUCCACUGCUGCUACGCUUUUCCUCUUUCCGCGCUGUCGGCUCCGUCUCUUUUGUUUACGUUUUUUUCUCUCCUGCCUGCCGUUGCACAUUUGUUUCUUUCGGUGACCUCUCCGUGUUUUUCUUUCGGGGUGUCCACUGACCUGUGGCCAGAUGCCGACAUCGAUUCUGAGGCGAGUGGCUUGCGCGGCGCUUUCCCUCCCGCAGCGCGCUGCUCCUCUCAAGGCCAAGAAGCCGGUGGUGAAGAAGAACGUGAAAAAGGAUUCGGGGGGGCUGCCAAAGCACCUGACGCGUUACUUGCCGUUUGUCCCCACCUCGUUGGUGCAUGAAACGACGAGCUUCCUGCACGACGCCACUAAACUUCGCGCGCUGCUGGCUUUGAUUUUUUCCCCAUGUAAACCUGAGGCUUCUGUCGCCGACGAGCUGGCUUCUCCCGCAGCCCGACUCGAAUUCCAACAAGAAAAAGAGCGAUACCACGCUAUCCGCGAUCAACACACCGACUGUUAUCGGCGCCACGAGAGUGCUGCGGCGGCGUCGAUGUGGCGUGCGAUUGAGGCGCUUCCCUCAGACCUUUACGAAGAAGCAGUGCAGUCUGUCACAUUUGCUCCGCCAUAUGAGAACGAACCGCCGCCUCCGGAUCCGAGUGAGCUGCGGCCUGGAAAGAACGCAAGCACUGAGACGCAGGCCGCCAGUGCUGGGCAACAGCCGAGCGCCGCGUCGAGGGGCUCUAGUGUGCGUACACUCGCGGGGCCUGGCGCAGCCGGAGAGGCGGCGAGUCAGCCGGAGCACGGAUUCUACCACGAAAGGUUCGCGUUCCCGAGGGCCCUCAUGUUCCACGAAAUGUACGGCGAGCAGAUCUUCCAGUCGCUCUCGCAACUCGAGCGGAGGAAACUGCAGGUCUUCAUGAACUUGAUGCAUGUGCGGUAUCCUCACGCGGAACUGAAGCGCGACAAACCGGCUCUGUUCUGGCUGCCGGAGAGACAGGUUCUCAGCCGGCAGCGCGAGGGUGCGCACAAACGGAAAGGCGCCAAAUGAGCUGCCGCGCAAACUGCGGCCAGCACUCGGCUGACAUCUUCAAUGAGGUGUACGUACACCGCGUGGUGCGUCGCAAGCGUUCGACAGCAGGGCGGCUUCGUGUCUUCGUGCCGAGAAGUGCUUUUUUGUGUGUGCCGAAACCUGCACUCAGUUGCCUCGUUUGCCAGAUGACUCGAACGCUUCGGCGGAUUGUUUCACGCUGGCAACACUCCCCAAAUUUCACUGAGAUCACUGGGGCGGAGCCACUGUGGCGUUAGUAUGUCGGAAACUCCGCACACCUAGAUAUCGACCGUGACCACACUUGCCACUCACUCCACGUUCCUGCACUCAGAACGCAAGCCGCGGCAGGGAACUCUGCGCGUCAUUCUGAGCCUAAUGGCGAAGCAUUUCCUGUCAGCCCUGCACGGGCGCAGAACACUUGCGCGGAGGACCAAAGACAAAUCUUUACUGGCCACGCACCGGCGCUCCGGGCGAAACCACAAGCACGCGUCCUGCGCUUACGGAAGCCGGCUGGUGUACCUUCAGCGGUCUACGCUGGGAACUCCUGCCGCGCUAAAACGUAGACGACGCGUUUGUUACAGCGUUGUGAUGCGGCGAGUGCUAUCACCUUGGAACUGUGACUCCGCGAAUAAAAAGUGCUCCACAGUGGAAACACCGAGACACACUUCAUCUGGCACACGCAGGCGAAUUAUGCACGGAAGCGACACCAUUCUCGGUCUUUUCCAGCGAACUGCAGAAGUUACCUGCAAGCGC